AUGAAUUCCAUAAAUAAAUAUAAUCAAGAAGAUGGAAUUGAUGACCCUUGGGGUUAUGGUGGAUGGGAGUACGUUGCUCAAACGAGAGAGCCUGCAAAGGAUUUAACAAAUAAGAAUCUAAGUCGAGGUUUGGUUUUCAACAUUGCUUAUCAAUAA